GGUGUAGACCAAGUACACUUGCCUGUUUGGGAGCUUUUGAGGUUGCCAGGUAGGCGUCGAAAGUCUAUUAGAGUGUUGGAAUGAGGUGCAUGCUGAUCGAUCGAACUUAAUUCAUUGAAUAAGGCUGAGGACCGGUAGGGCUGCUACAUCUCAAUAUGGUUUGGAUUUUCGAAUGACGGCUCGGUAUCUGAAUGUUCGAACCGACACGAUAAUAGCCUUGACAUUGGAUGAACACCAUACACACCACGACCAUAUUAGACGUUUGGGCAGUGCCGCAUCAUUUGACACUCCAUCCAUCAAGAAGGCCAACACUUGUCUUGCACACUCCCAAUCCAUAUGUUUCAUUUGCGGUCGACGUGCCAUUCAAUCGAUUCGGAAGAAUGCAUCUAGAUGUGAGCGGCCAAUUCUUGACGGGGGUUUCGCAAUCGGAGCUGUCUGUCGGAGAGACUAAUCUGCUACUUUGAUAAUAUACCCAGCACUCGUUAUCCAAUUCAUAUCCACAGAUGAAUAUCAAUAGCAAGGAUUACCUGCUAAGAACGAGUAGCGUUGAGUGUGAAACUCGACUACUUCUUAACUUCUCGACUUGUCUCUCUCUUUCCUUCUCUCCUUCUCUACACACUUCUUCUCUCCAUCUCACCGCGGUGCUGAGAAAACCCGCAACGAAAUAAAAACUGCCAGGGGUCAUCGACAGUCUGUAUCUUUUCUACCAUCAGUCUAGAUGUUUGGAACAUGACAUGAUUAGUGAAAUCUUCGGUGUUGCCACACUUUUCUUUACUGUCCCUUUUGUGCCUCGCUGCCUGACCCAUUGACGCUUUCCUCGUCUAUCUGCUCGUUGCUAUAAGCGACCAGGAAAGCUUCUGAUACUGAUAAACUCGCCACUGUUGUCUACGGCAGGUAAAGCAGCUAUCCGUACAAAGAUACUUUAUAACCCGUUUGUCCAAAGUGCGCCUUCACAUUCGAUCUCCACAACCACAUCUAAAAGUAGAACGACCAUGUCCGACUCAGAAAAUGACGAAGAGUUAAAGAAAGCUAUUGCUCUCUCUUUGGGAGAAACUCUAUCGCCGGUUCCAAUCCAUGAGAAGAAUGUUGUCGAUCUCACCACAAGUACAGCAGCCAUGUCUGACUCAGAAUAUGAUGAAGACUUGAAGAAAGCUAUUGCUCUCUCAAAGAGUCCAACCAUUCUCGACCCCGAAAGUGACGAAGAUUUAAAAAGAGCCAUUGCUCUCUCUUCAAGAGAAGCCUUGUCGCCGGCCCCAAUCAAUGAAAAGGUUGUCGAUCUCACUCUUUCCGAUGAAGAUGGCGAUGACCUUGAUGCGCCUGUCGCAACACAUUUCAAGUUCUCACAAACUAAUCCUGUUCUUAACACAAGCACUAAUGCUGAGCCCAGUACCAGUUCUCAAAGUGAGUUAUCCAGUCAGCCAAACAGCACGUUAUUCAAUGGUAUGACUCGUAAACAAAUGGAGGAAGAACGCUUAGCAAGAAUUGAACAAAGAAGCAAAGAGCCAAAUGCCAUCUCCAAGAAAAGAAAGGCUUCACUUUCGUCGCCGACAACUUCACCAAGUGAUCGUCACCAACCAAAGGUCUCCCGAUCAGGACCCAUACCCCAUCAAAUGACAGUUAAAAAUAGGCAGGUGGAGUCUACAACUCGAAACUCCGCCGGCAACGGACCAAAUUACACACUCGAUCAAUCAUCUAGCCUCAGAGAGCCAGAUUCCGAGAUUGACAUUGAAGCUGCCAUCAUCCCAGGAAAGCUACACAGAAGUCUCAAAUCACAAGGUGAUAUAUCAGAGACCGGCAUCCAAUUUCCUCUCGGGGUUGUAAAAAAGACGUGGGCGCAAGGGUUCCCCCGGGAGGACGACAUCAAGAUUGAAGAGGUUCUUCAAAGUUCAACCCUUGAACAUGCUAUUUUAGGUGCUUUUCAGAUAGAUAGCGAUUGGAUUAGAUCGAAGAUCCAGCCUUCUACGAAAGUCAUUUGGGUCUUGCAAGCAAAAACUGAAGCCGAAAAAAUGAACUUCAAGUCAUUGGCACCGGAGACUUAUCGAUUUUGCUUUCCUCCAAUGGAAGGCAAUGUCAACAUCAUGCACUCAAAACUUCAAAUCCUGGCACAUCCUACGCAUUUACGACUAGUCAUACCCUCGGCAAAUUUGACCCCAUAUGAUUGGGGAGAGAGUGGUGGGAUUUUGGAAAAUGUCGUGUUCUUGAUCGAUCUCCCAAGGUUACCCAAUGGCGAGAAAGCUUCUGACGACCAGUUGACACCUUUUGCACAGGACUUACUGCACUUUCUUCAUGCGAUGACUCUGACACCUCGGACGAUUGAGAGCCUCAAAAGGUUUGAUUUCUCUAAUACGAAACACUUAGCAUUCGUACAUUCGAUAGGAGGCUCACAUUUUGGUACGAAUUUACAAAGAACCGGCUAUCCCGGGUUAGGUAGUUGUGUAAGGAGCCUUGGUCUGAAUACAGACCAUCCCUUGGAGAUUGAAUACGUAACAGCAUCCAUAGGCAAUCUUGAUGACCGGUUCCUCCGAACAAUGUAUUUGGCAUCACAGGGCGAUAAUGGAUCCAAGGAAUACAAGUGGAGAACAGAGAAGCCCGCAAGGUCCAAAAUGGAGACCGUGAUGGAGACACAACUUUCAGAAGAAAUUGGGCGCAGGUUUCGCGUGUAUUUUCCCAGCGAACAGACAGUCAAAGAAAGCAAGGGUGGCACAAAUGCUGCUGGCACGAUUUGCUUUCGAUCAAAAUGGUACAAUGCAAGUGCUUUUCCAAGGGAGCUCAUGCGCGAUUGUCAAAGUCGCAGAGAGGGAUUAUUGAUGCACAACAAAAUGUUAUUUGUAAGAACCCGGAGAACUCAAAAAAGUCCAAAGCCCGUCGCAUGGGUAUACGUUGGAAGCGCAAAUCUCUCAGAGAGUGCAUGGGGCCGUAUGGUAAAGGACAGAGUAACAAAGGAGCCCAAGUUGAAUUGUAGCAAUUGGGAAUGCGGUAUUUUGUUCUCCGUCCCCCUCACCGAUCUGAAUGCACCGGCCGCUGUCCCCAAAUCGGGCAUACCGACUAUGGAGGCUUUUGAUGGGUCUAUCCCCGUGCCCAUGGUUUUCCCGGGCAAUGUGUAUGGAUCGAAGCGCCCCUGGUAUUACAGCGAAUACCCUUAAUUAAGCCAAUCUUCCGAUGCGAUGAUUUUCCUAUUGGAUCUUUCGUAAGUCCGGUAUAAGGUGGUAUUCACGAUUGCGGAUACCCUCCUAAAGCCUGCGCUGGCGUUAUGGGCUGAGGGUCUUGGUUCCGACUGCGGUGUACCACGUGCGGUUGGGUAUUGGCACCUCAUGGAUACUACUCCUUAUGAUAAGCACGCAGUGCAAUAUGCAGAUCUGUGGACAGUGACAUCCACAAUCGCUGGGGUUCAGGGUGCUGUGAAACGUGUCUGUAGGGUACUGUCCACGAUGAUUUUAACACAAAGCCAGACCCCUGACUUAAAGACAAUGCGGAGAAAUUUUCAACCAGUAUAAUGCCUGAUGCA